ACCCAAGCCAUAAUAAGCUCACAAAAUCAGAGACCCUUCAGCUUCAAAUUCACAAUCCCACGCCAACCCUCUCAAACCCCAUUACAGAAACCUCAAUCUCUCUCUCUCAAAUGCAGCAGAGAUCCUCUUCAUUCUCAUCUAGAGCACAUGGAAGUGAUGAGCACUGCGUCAUCAACGUGAGCCAGCAGCAGCCAGUACAAGUGAAGCAGUGUCCACCAAAAAAGAUGGAUGACAUGGCUGAUCUUCAUCUCGAUACCAAGAAGAAGAAGAAGAAGAUUUUUCUGCCCUGGUCUGCGAGCAAGUGGGUCCUCCAUGCCAUUCCAGUUAUUGUUCUGCUUUGCUUCUUUCUGCUCUGGUGGUUCUCCUAUCAUGUAAAGUUGGUGAAAGUGGAUGGCUUAAUUACAGCUACACAUCAAAUUGAGACACCAGUGACUCGGAAUGAUACUCAUAUUGAUGUCACCAUCCUGGCAGUGGCUACAUCACCAAUCACCUCAGUUCCUCUGAAUUUGACAAGCAAUAAUGAGACGGAAGCACAUCUGGUGAGCACAACUGACCUAAGAACCAUUCUGGGAGAUGCUGCUUUCAGCAUUAUGUUUGCUUGAGCUAAGAGUCUAAGAAGUAUUACAAGAAAAUUUUCACAGCAUGUUUUUCCUCUCUCACUAGGAGAGGCUUUCUGUGACUGGAUUAUAUGGAUAUAACAUUGCUCAUUGACUUUCCUGUAUCGAGAUUACACAAAUAAAAAGA